AUGGAGGCGUCGAUCUCGUCGUUAUGCCGCGCCCUGUCCGACGUGCUCACCCACGCGGACUCCUCCUCCCGCGUGCUCUCCGACGCGCUCUCCCGCCGCUCAAUCCCCCUCGAGUCGGCAACGAGCGCGUUCCUGCAAGGGCUGGACCGGCGGGUGGAGGCGGCAGGCGCCGACCUGGCGCGCCUCGAGUUCAUGGCCUUCGACACCGUCUCCGUCGAGGAGCUCCUCGGCCACUUCCGCGAGGCGCUCGGGAUUGUCUCCCGCCACGCCGACGCCGUCGAGUCCCGUCUCACCUCCUUCGGCUACGUCGUCCCCGAGGUGGAGGAUGAGGCGGAGGAUAGAAAUGAGGGGGAGCUUGAGGUCCCUGAGAAUGGGUGCUUUGGAGGGUCUAGUUCGGUGCUCAGGUCCGGGCGGGAGCGCUUUGAUGACGAUGAUGCGUUGUAUCCUUACAUCAGUCUGAUAAUUUUGGACAGAUGCAUUUUAUGA